AUGAGCAGUGAAUCUUUGUUACCUUAUUACACGGCCCAAAGCUAUCGUUCGAUGGGUGUGUUCAAUACCUCCAUGGGAGACCUGCAACGACAACUGUUCAAAGGAGGAGAGUAUGACAUCUUCAAGUAUGCGCCGAUGUUUGAGAGUGACUUUAUCCAGAUCAGCAAAAAAGGAGAGGUGAUUGAUGUGCACAACCGUGUCCGAAUGGUGACCGUGGGCAUUGCCUCCACCAGCCCCAUCCUUCCACUACCUGAUGUCAUGCUGCUGGCCCGACCCACUAAAAUCUGUGAGGAGCACGCCAGACAAGGCCGGCUCGCCAAGGGGAGAGGUCGCAAGCCCGCAAAGACUCUAGAGCUCACCAGGCUACUUCCCUUAAAGUUCGUCAAGAUCUCCAUCCACGAUCGUGAGAAACAGCAGCUGCGCCUCAAGCUCGCCACUGGCCGUACUUUUUAUCUGCAGCUGUGUCCCUCUUCAGACGCACGAGAAGACCUCUUUUGCUAUUGGGAAAAACUUGUCUAUCUCCUGAGGCCACCAGUGGACAGCUUCAGCAGUGCCCCGACAGUUCAAAAUACGGACACAACUGGGGACAGCAGAAGCCUAGGGGCUGCAGAGCUCCAUGGAGAAGGGGAUCAGAAAGAGGUUCGGCUCCACAAGACUCGUGAGGUGUCUGCAGCCAACUCUUCUGCUUAUGCUGGGGGAGAGGGAAUCCAACAUGCCUCCCGGGGAAUGGCUGGUGCAGCAGCAGGGACAGCAAGUGGCAUGGCAAUAGCAGGGGUAGCAACAAGCCCUGCAACAGGCGCUGUGAGCAUAGCAACAACCAAGUCCGCAGGCUCAGGCCAGGUGACCGCUGCCCUGGUGGGAGCGGCCACCAAGAAUCAAGAAGAAAGUGAAUCCAGCAAGACCGUGGCAGGUGCUGCCAAUAUAUCCUCAGAUGGCAUUAACUUGGCCUUGGUGGGUAUCACCAGCACCUCGUCAGCGGGGACUUCCAACAGGACUGCAGGGGCUGCCAGUCUCUCCCAAGACAGCAGCUCGAGCCUGGUGUUUGCGGGCACCAUGACGACCGGCGCGUCUGCUGCGGUGGGACCCCUCGUGUCGACCUUGCAGAGUGAGGGCUACAUGAGUGAACGGGACGGAAGCCAGAAGGUUUCCCAACCCUGUGCUGAAGCCCAGAAGGAAAAAAAGGAAAGAAGACAAAAGAAGGACAGAAAUCCCAGUAGGAAAAGUUCCCAUCACCACAGGAAAGGGGGGGAAAAGACCCGGAAAGCAUCCUCCCACCGGUCCUCAUCCAGCCCUAGGAACACAAGAGAUGACAAAAAAGGAAAAGCCCACAGCCACAGGAGGAGCAAGAGGCACGGCCCCUCUCGCAAAAGCUCCAGCCACACCUCCGCCAGAAAGGAGUCGAGGACAGCUCACAAACUGGGCAAAAGCCGAUCUGCAGCUAGUUCGGGCACUUUGAGUAAGAAAGCCAGUAAAAUCAGCUCUUUUUUGAGGAGCCUCAGACCUUCUCCUGGUUCAAAAGCUGUGGCCCCACCGCAGGAUACAGAGGUAGAUAUCAUGACUAAGACGGUGGAGAAAUGCAACAUAGAGGCCAAGGUGGACAAAGCCCAGGAUGGCAAAGAGCUGGAGGUGAUCAGCAGCUCCAUGACGUCUGAGACGAUGGAGAUGAUAAUCUUUGAAACCAAAUCCAUUUAA